UAUCACGUGUGUGCGCAUCGACUCGCCGUCACUGUGGUUUGGGAAUGAUCCGAGCAAGGGAAGAAAUCACUAACGUUACCCGCACUUUACCCUAGUUAGUGAAACAUGGCUGCUCAAAUCGAAAUGGAUGACACUAACGUUAGUCUGGAUAGUUUAAUCCUGAAUCUGCACGACAUCCAAGCAGUCAAGUUUGGGACUUUUAAGCUAAAAAGUGGACUCACUUCGCCGAUAUAUUUUGAUCUUAGAGUAAUAGUUUCCCAUCCAGCGUUGAUGAACCAGGUGGCAAAUCUUCUUCAUAAGCGUGCUGAGGAUGCAGGAGUUGAGUUUGAUAGUGUGUGUGGUGUCCCUUACACAGCUCUUCCUCUGGCCACCAUCAUCUGCUCUACCAAACAAUAUCCCAUGCUUAUUCGACGAAAGGAGGCAAAGGACUACGGAACGAAACGUCUCAUCGAGGGAACCAUCCACCCCGGUGACAGAUGUCUAAUCGUAGAGGAUGUCGUGACCAGUGGCAGCAGUGUUCUAGAAACCGCUGAGGUGCUUGAGAAGGAAGGUCUGAAGAUCACGGAUGCCGUCGUGUUAAUGGACAGAGAGCAGGGAGGCAGAGCCAGGCUAGCUGACCGUGGCAUCACUCUACAUUCAGUCAUUUCUGUCUCCAGACUUCUGGAUGUGUUACUUAAAGCUGGUCGAAUAGACACGGCCACUUCUCAGAAUGUUGAGAGGUUCAUUCAAGAAAAUAACACCUACAUAUCGAAGACGAAUGACUUCUCAGCUCCUAAAAAGAGCUGUAAGGAGCUCAGCUAUGGGGCUCGGGCUGCAUUGCCAGACACUCACCCUCUCGCUGUGCGCCUGCUGAAGAUCACGGAGGACAAGAAGACCAAUCUGUGUGUGUCUGCAGAUGUGACUCGUUCUGAGGAGCUGCUGGAGAUUGCGGAUGCAUUGGGGCCACUGAUUUGCGUGUUGAAGACUCAUGUGGACAUCCUGCAGGACUUCACUGCAGAUGUCGCCAGCAGUCUGAAAGAGCUGGCUAUAAAGCACAACUUCCUGAUUUUUGAGGAUCGCAAGUUUGCAGACAUUGGAAGCACAGUCAAGCAUCAGUAUGAAGGUGGUCUCUAUCGGAUCUCUUCGUGGGCGCACAUCAUUAAUGCCCAUGCGUUGCCAGGUCCGGGUGUGCUGCAGGGUCUCGGUGCAGUUGGCAAGCCUCUGGGUCACGGCUGUUUGCUCAUUGCUCAGAUGAGCUCGCAGGGUUCCCUAGCAACAGGAGAUUACACUCAAGCAGUGGUCAAGAUGGCUGAAGACCAUACAGAUUUUGUGUUUGGAUUCAUAAGUGGAUCAAAGAUCAGUGAAAAGCCUGGUCUGGUUCACAUGACUCCAGGAGUGCAAAUGCUGACAGGAGGGGAUGGACUUGGACAGCAGUAUUCAAGUCCAGAAGAUGUGAUCUGCACUAAAGGCUCUGAUAUCAUCAUUGUGGGACGAGGUAUUCUUGCCAGCUCAGAUCGGCUCAGAGCUGCAGAAGAAUACAGAACAGCAGGCUGGCAGGCAUAUCUGAAAAGACUCUCACAGGCCAGCUAAUGAAACCCCCUCAGGAAAGAGAAGUUGAAUCACGUCUGGUCUAGCUUAGUCAUUCCAUCCACUUGAAUACAAACCUAAUUCUGAUUAUUCCCUCCAUGUUUUGUACACUAGUAAAAUGUUGUCAUGUCAGUCAAAAUCUCACUAUAAUUAUCACAAAAAAUAUUUUAUUGCAAAAUUGCAAUUUAAAUAUAAUGAACAGUGAAGACGGGCUUAUGUUUCUUUGUCUUGUACACCUAGCUGGAUCUGGCCUGGUGGUAACUGCCUCUAUAAGCCUAGACAUGAAAGUAUACAUUACCAUUCGAAGUCUGGGGUACAGUAAAAACAGUAUUAUUGAGGAAACAUUUCAUACCAAUGUUGAAAGCAGUUGUGCUGCU